AUGAAGAUAUGUCUACGCUAUCUCGGUGACCCUGGAUAUCAACAAGGUAUUGGUCAGGAACUUGGUGUUAGUCAAGCAACGGUAUCUCGGACUGUGGAUAGAGUUGUGAACAGCAUAGUUGCACAGUCGAACGAAUGGAUCAAGUUUCCAACUACCAACCAUAUGGUGGCCAAGCGGACGUGGCAAAGCAUGUAUAAAUUUCCGACAGCAAUUGGUGUAAUUGAAUGUACACAUAUAGGAAUCCUGAAACCAAAUCGCCAUGGAGAUGAGUAUAUCAACCGAAAAGGGAAACAUACUUUAAAUGUGCAAGCCACAUGA